UGUCAUUAUGAACUUAUGGAUUUCAUUAUGGAUUUCGAGCGAGUUCGGGGUCGAUUGGACGAAGAUCGGGCGCGAGGCAAGUCAAAAAGAAAGCCACACGGGCACACACACAACCCACACGGCCGUGUGAUGUUGCAAUUUGGCCGUGUGGAAUUAUGUGAGGCCUCACACGGCCAGGCUGGGUGAGCUACACGGCCAGGCUGGCGGCAAAUAGCAAUAAAACGGUCGACCUCAUACAAAUAACGGUCGACCUGAACAUACACGGUCGACCGAACAUGUUAGUGAGGUCGACCGCGUAUUUAAUUCGGCCGACCAAACCGGUUUGUUUGCAACAUCCACCCAAACCUCCCCCAAUCCUCUAUUUAAGAAACCCUCCCCCACUCAUUCUACACCACAAUCAGAACCCUAUCCCACCACAUCCACUCAUUCUUCCUCUCCUUUCCCUUCUUCAUCUUCUUCUCCAUUUUCCAAAAACUCCAUUUUCCAAAAACUCAAAGAAAGCUUCAUCCUCAUCACUUAGAAGAAGAACAAGGUAUAGCUUUCACUCCUGUCUUUCAUUUGAGUCGAUUCUUGUCUUCUUCUUCCUGUUUUCAAAAAAUCUAAAGAUGUAAAAGAGGGAUUUUUCCUUCUGUUCGUCAGAAGCGGUCGACCUGUUCAUCAUUGUGGUCGACCGCGUCUGGCCUUAAAUCGAUUUUUAUUUCUGUUUUAUGGACUGAGGUCGACCUAUGAAGAUAUUGAGGUCGACCGGUGAAGUUUGAGUUGAGAUUUCUGUCCUUAUUAUUUAGAUCUGUAGCUUGAAAAUAUGGACUUUGUCCUUCUGUUCGCCAGAUGCGGUCGACCUUUUCAUAAUCAUGGUCGACCGCAUCUGGCCUUAAAUCGAUUUUUAUUUCUGUUUUAUGGACUGAGGUCGACCUAUGAUGAUAUUGAGGUCGACCUGUGAAGUUCGAGUUGAGAUUUCUGCCCUUAUUAUUCAAGCGAUCUUAUUUCUGUUUUUUUUGUGCGAAACUAACACAGGUCGACCGCUUCUAUUUAUGAGGUCGACCGAAUCUGUUUUGCACUCAAUUGAUACGAGCAUUUGGGCCAUUUCUUUUCGUUUUAAUUUAGCCGAGGUCGACCUGUGAUGCUUCUGAGGUCGACCUAUGAAGGCAAAAGUUCGAGUUGUGCCUUUGUCUUUGAAUUAUGUGUGCAAAACUAACACUGAUCGACCUCUUCUAUUUAUGAGGUCGACCGAAUUUGUUUUGCACUCAAUUGAUACGAGCAUUUGGGCCAUUUCUUUUCGUUUUAAUUUAGCCGAGGUCGACCUGUGAUGAUUCUGAGGUCGACCUAUGAAGGCAAAAGUUCGAGUUGUGCCUUUGUCUUUGAAUUAUGUGUGCAAAACUAACACUGGUCAACCUCUUCUAUUUAUGAGGUCGACCGAAUUUGUUUUGCACUCAAUUGAUACGAGCAUUUGGGCCAUUUCUUUUCGUUUUAAUUUAGCCGAGGUCGACCUGUGAUGAUUCUGAGGUCGACCUAUGAAGGCAAAAGUUCGAUUUAUUUGUGCUAAACUUAUUGAGGUCGACCUGUGAUGAUAUUGAGGUCGACCUCGGGCCAUUUAAAUCGAUUGAAAGGCAAUUGUGACUUUCAAAAGCCGCGCAGUGCAGGAGAUUAGGCCAUCUUGCAAUGCACUCGAAGACAUAAACGAUUGUGUCUUCGAGUGCAUUACAAGGUGGUCUAAUGUCCUGAACUGCACGGCUUUUGAAAGCACAAUUGGCUUUCAAUCGAUUUAAAUUUUCCGAGGUCGAUUUAUGUUUUUUCUGAGGUCGACCGGAUCUGUUUUGCACUCAAUUGGUAUGAGGAUUUGGCCCAUUUUAGACUCGUUUCAAUUUAGCCGAGGUCGACCUAUGAUGCUUCUGAGGUCGACCGAUGAAGGCAAAAGUUUGAGUUGUGCACUUGUCUUUGAAUUAUUUGUGCGAAACUAACACUGGUCGACCUCUUCUAAUUAUGAGGUCGACCGGAUCUGUUUUGCACUCAAUUGGUACGAGGAUUUGGCCCAUUUUAGACUCGUUUCAAUUUAGCCGAGGUCGACCUAUGAUGCUUCUGAGGUCGACCGAUGAAGGCAAAAGUUUGAGUUGUGCACUUGUCUUUGAAUUAUUUGUGCGAAACUAACACUGGUCGACCUCUUCUAAUUAUGAGGUCGACCGGAUCUGUUUUGCACUCAGUUGGUACGAGGAUUUGGGCCAUUUUAGGCUCGUUUCAAUUAAGCCGAGGUCGACCUAUGAUGCUUCUGAGGUCGACCUAUGAAGGCAAAAGUUCGAGUUGUGCCUUUGUCUUUGAAUUAUGUGUGCGAAACUAACGCUGGUCGACCUCUUCUAAUUAUGAGGUCGACCGGAUCUGUUUUGCACUCAAUUGGUACGAGGAUUUGGGCCAUUUUAGACUCGUUUCAAUUAAGCCGAGGUCGACCUAUGAUGCUUCUGAGGUCGACCGAUGAAGGCAAAAAUUCGUGUAUGUCAACCCAUUCCCAUUUUAAAUUAACUGAGGUCGACCUAUGAUUCUUCUGAGGUCGACCCAUUCUCUUUUUAAACUAACUGAGGUCGACCGCUUUAUGGAGUGGUCGACCGCGUAUUGUUCAUUUCGAAAAUGUGACUAACGUGUAUUCUUGCUUGUUUAAUCGCAGGAUGUUUGGCAAAAAUAAGAAAAGAAAGUCACAAAAAGCUGCUGCCUCAAGUUCGGAAUGGGAAGAGUUCAAUCCCAAACUGUUCCAGACCAAGGAUCAAAGUGAAAACUAUGAAGAGAAGAGAAUGCACAACCGCAGGGUGGCUCCGGGAAGGCCAUUGACGACGGAUGCGUAUUCUCAUUUCGAGAAUUACGGGUUUCUGGGACCCUUCAUCGAGCAAGAGUGGCUGAAGGUGAUAUCUCUCAAUGUACCAUACUACCCAAAACUGGUACAGUACUUCUACAACAACAUCGUCUACGAGCGCAAUGCAAAUGGAUCCAUUCACGCAUUCAAAUCCUAUGUGAAUGGGGUGGCGAUGCGCAUCAGCAAGAAUGUGUUGGCGCAAGUACUUGAGGCUCCAAACGAGGGGAAGAGAAUCAAUUCUUACGAUGCUUGGAAUGAAACGCAUUUCACGAGAGCCAAGCAAAUCCAGACAGUAUGUGGUCUUGAUGAAGAGGAAGAUGCUCAGGGGCGCAAUAGGCCAUCGGGUAACCACCUGACAGUUCAAGCCAGAGUUCUUCACCACAUGCUUUCCUACAACAUUCUGCCAAAGGGUGGACAUCGGGAGACAGUCACCUACUUCGACAUGGAGCUCCUCACCAACCUACUGUUAAGCGAGAAGGUGAACUUGCCAUACUUAAUCUUUAACCACAUGCUUACUGCUGCAGAGAGUUCAAACAUGAAUCUUCCCUAUGGGAUGAUCCUCACUAUGCUAUUUGAGCAUUUUAAUGUGAAUUUAAGUGAAGAGGUGGGGUUAAGAAUCUCAAGGCAGGAGUUCUAUACUGUUUCAUCUCUGAAAAAGAUGGGCUUUGAGCUGCGUAAUGGUGAGUAUGUCAGAGUAAACAAUGGUCAUGGUGGUGAUGAUGAUGAUGAUGAUGAUGAGGGUGAUGAAGGAGCUCGAGACGAGCCAAUGGGGGAGGCACAGAGUUCAACUCCACCGAUCACCUUACAGCGUGUGUGGGAGCGCAUGGAUGGCAUGUACGAGUACAUGGGCCAGAUGUCCACCCAGAUGACUGGCAUGCACGACUACAUGGGGCAAAUGACCGCCCAGAUGAGCACAAUGCAGGUGACCGUGAAUGAGAUGCGAGAUGAGUGGCGAUCUUUCAGCGGAAGAUACAUGCAUCCCACCACAUCCGACCACCAUCAUGCUAGCACCACCAAUGAAGAAAAUGUGGAUGAGAGAGAGGGGGGAGAUGAGUAGGAGAAAUGAGUUUUUAUAUUGUGUGUUUUAGUGGUCAACACGAUUGUUGAGUGUUAUUCUGUUGUUUUUUCUGUUUUAUUUUUAGUUGUGAACAAUUAUGAUUUCUGUUUUAUUUUUAGUUGUUAUGCUAUGAAUUGAUGAGUCCUUGUUAUUAUUAUGACUAAUUAUGAUGGUUUGAAACAUAAUUUAUACGAUUAAAAGAACCACACAAAUCGACAUACAUCAGCAAAAAAGACACGGGGCAUAGGGUGACUUUCUUGUAUUCGGUCGACCUCGUAACGGAUUAGGUCGACCGCGAAACCAACACUUGAUCUUCAUUUUACGUCAAUUAAUUGGACACUUUGAUAGAACACUUAUCUUCUAUCUGGUCGACCUCUUUCAUCAUCCAGUCGACCAUUUUGUUAAUGACUGCAAUCAAUUGGUCGACCUAUAUACCUUAGGUGGUCGACCAUGUUGUUUCUGACGCCAACGAAAUGGCCGACCCAGGUUUUAUUCUGGUCGACCAAAAAUAUCAACUUAAACUAAGUGCGGUCGACCAGGUGGUCGUUGAGGUCGACCGCAAUGCUUUCUCGUGCUGCCCAAAUUAGUCGAUUCGGUCGACCGCCUUCAGCAAUAGGUCGACCGAAAAGUGCAUGUCACCGUGACAUGCAUGUCAUAGUAGGCAUACCCUAAAUUUUAAUAUAAUUAUUAUAAUAGG